GUUCUUAUAACAGUCAUGUGAGGAGACGACAGGUCUGUUGGUACGGUUCCUGUCAUUCAACUCUCGCCAGCGAUACCCUCGGGUCGCUGGAGCGAUAGCAGGCCGGAGCAGGGUGGCGGGAGGCUCUCGGAACUGGUCGCACGCGCGGGGCAGAGUCGCGCCGGCCGCCAGUCGCGGCACCGGCCAUGGUCUGCCACUCAGUGCACGGGCCGCCUCGCCGCCGCAAGCCUGUGUGGCCCUCUGUGCGACCUAUCCCGCUGACCUCACGUAUCCAUACGCACGAACGAACGCUAUAACAAAACUUUUUGAGAACAUAUUCGCAACUUUCGAUUUAAUAUCCUACACGUGACACACGUCUGUUUACAUUUUAUGUUAUUACUUAACUGCAUCUUCCAUAGUGUUUCGCGAGUGAAGUUAAUAUACUGAACGGUACUGGAAAACCACGACCUGAAUUUAAAGGUGGUGCGCACUCGUGGCGUAGCGCGAGUGUGUGAUGCGAGGGAGGCGGCGCAGCGGGCGCCGGCGCCGGUAGCUCCGACCAUGCUCGGCCCGCGCGCUGCCGCUCUUUGUCUGCUCGUGCUAGCCGUCAUUGCCGACACCGUGCAGGCGUCAUCCGCGGUCAUCAAGGGUCGGCGCGAGCCGUGCUCCAACGAAGGAGAGCCAGUGCGUCUGAACGACAAGAGGCUGGACCAGAACUGGGGCAAUUGCUUUCGGUGCCAUUGCAAGAACGGAUACGUAGAGUGUAGCAACGGCGUAGAGGAGUGCGGACAGGUGGACGACUGUGCUGUCUCGAUGCCUCGCAAGGGCUGCUGCGAGCGCUGCAAGGGGUGCUGGUACAACGGCACUGAACACGCCUCGCACACGGAGUGGGACGAGGAGGGACGUGUCCUGCGCUGCGAGGCCGGCGUGGUCACCAUUUCGAGGCCGGAGUGCUACGCGCCGUGCGACAAGCCCAGACACCAGCGGCACACGCAUUACAACUGUCCUGUCUGUGGCGAAUGCGUGAUAAACGGCCAAAGAGUGGGCGAGGGGCGCGACGUGCGCAUCCCGGAGGAGCCGUGCUUGUCGUGCCGCUGCGUGCACGGCGCGCUCUCGUGCGCCAAGCGCGCGUGUCCCGUGCUGCCGUGCGCUCCUGCGCAACAACACACGCCGCUCGGCGAGUGCUGCCCCCGCUGCAAUGUGCCCACAGUAGACAAGAUGCUGCCCAGUCACACUUUCACAAAGCCGUGCAUAAUCGGCAACAGCCUUCACGCGCACCUGGCGUCGUUUCGCGUGGAUCCGUGCACGGACUGCACGUGCGUCAACGGCACGGUGGUGUGUGCGCGGCACACGUGCCCCGUGCUGACGUGCGGCGCCCGUGCGCGCCCGCCCGCGCCGGGCAAGUGCUGCCCCGAGUGCCCGCAAGUAGAGGAGGCGAAGGCUGCAUGUGUUAUAGGCGGGAAUACUUAUCAGGAUGGUGAAACAUGGCAGCUUGAUGCUUGCAAAUCCUGUGAAUGCCGCGGCGGUGAACCUCGCUGCGCCAUGGAGCGCUGCCCCGUCGUGACCUGUCCUCCCGACCAGACGCCGCGGCGCGUGCCGGGCCAGUGUUGCGCGCGGUGUGUCGAUAUCGACGGCAUCUGUACCGUCUUCGGGGAUCCCCAUUACAAGACCUUUGACGGAAAAUUCUACAGUUUCCAAGGAUCCUGUAAAUAUCAAUUAGUGUCCGACUGCGCAAAUGGCUCAUUUUCGAUAAGAAUUUCUAAUGACGCUAGAAACACUUCACAUUCCUCCUGGACACGCACGGCCACUCUUCGGAUAGGGUCUACUAAAAUUAAUAUGGGGAAAAAGAUGCGAAUCAAAGUAAAUGGCAAAAGAAUCAGCUUGCCCCACAGAGAGAGCGGCGUAGCGGAGAUAAUCCGCAGCAACGGUUCCGUGCUUCUGAAGGCCAGCAUCGGAGUGCAAAUGUUAUGGGACGGAGACGGCUUCUUGGAAGUUACAGUGUCGAGUGUGUAUAAAGGAAAAUUGUGCGGUUUAUGUGGCAAUUUUAAUUCUAUAGCGAAGGACGAUAUGAGAUCGCGCGACGGUAGGAUGACGAGCGACGCGUGGGAGUUCGGUUCGUCGUGGCGGGUGGGCGGUCGGCGAGCUUGCUCGCGCCGGCGCGAGCGUCCCGGCCGUUCCCAGUGCCGGCCGCGCCGGCGGGCCAAGGCGCGUCGGCUGUGCCGCGGCUUCGACAAAUACGAGGCUUUUACCGAGUGUGCGGCGAAAGUGAAUCCUCACAAUUAUAGGGAGGCGUGUGAAUUAGACGCGUGCAAUUGUUCUGGCUUUCGGUGCCACUGUGCGGCGUACGGCGCGUACGCGCGCGAGUGCGCGCGGCUAGGCGCGGCGCCGCGGGACUGGCAGCACGAGGCGUGGUGCGCGGGCGCGUCGCCGCCGUGGCUGACGCGCGGGCGCGACGCCGCGCGCGCCUCGCCGCCCGACACGGCGCUGCUGCUGCCCGGCACCAUGCCCAAGCCGGGGUCCGGCCGUCGCCCCCCGCCGCCGAUUCUGCAUCCUGAUUAACUUUGUUAGCGGCUCCGCAUCUACUAGUCAAACCUGCCAGUGUGGUGAAGUGAGUAUUACGAGGAUGCAAGAAAUAAGAUGAAUUAGGAAAUACACCUCGACAAAGGUGUAACAACCACCAAUGGAAUGAUGAUCUUUCUACAAGAACAGUAUUCAAUAUAACUACUUAUUUUAAGAUGUACGUACAUAAUAUUAUACUAAAUGUCAUAGAAUAACUUUUGUCCAUCUAUAUACCUAUACCUACCCUACAUAGCUCACUAUUGCCUCGCGAACAUCGACCAGCAUGAAGUGAAAUUCGAGACAGGUUUUAGAACCAAAUUCUCCUUUAGACAUUCAGUUAGCUCAUUCCAUUAUUUUAAGACCCACGAUCAACAAUCGUAAGUUAAAUCGCGAAAAUUGAUCGUGAUUGAUCAGACAUCGUAGAUUUUGUAGACUUUUGAGUGCA